AGAGAGCAUAUAUACUAGGGAGGGGAGAAGCGGAAGCCCCAUCUUCACUCAACAUAUAUAAUUCUCUUUCAACAUGUUGGGCAAGAUAUCCCGGCCGGCGAUCGGAAAGCUGCCGGACCCAUUGCUCUAUGGUGGUGAGCGAUCCGCAAAUCAGGACCCAAUUACAAGCCCCAAAAACCCCAUAGGCAUCAAGAUCUCAUCUCCCAGAGGCUUGAAGAAUUGUGAUCUUGGCGCAGUCGGGUUGGGCAUCGUGGCCGCUCUAGAUAAAUCGGGUAGUAAGGGUAAUGAAAUCUCACCAAAAUUCAUCGUCGGUAGCUUGAAUUUUAACCGGUCUGAUCCGAUUUCGGUCGCUGUUUCUGCCACAACCUCUGUGAAGAUUAUAGGAGGUUUAGGCAUGGAAGAGGAUUUGGAGAGCUAUACCAGUGUUACUUCUCGUGGGCCCAACAAGGCCACCUUCUCAAGAGUAGUGUAUUUUGAUAGAGUACGUGAGGAUGGUAACAGUAGAGGUUAUGACAAAAUAGGUUUUGAUAAGAGAUGCAGGAACAACUUGGGUGUCUUCUACGAGUCACCGCCGAGAUGCACCGGCGAUAUUCCUGUGAUUCCGACGUCGGAUUUUCUCAGUUCAUGUUACUUGUGUAGGAAAAAGCUGCACGGGAAAGACAUAUAUAUGUACAGAGGAGAGAAAGCAUUUUGUAGCUUAGAGUGUCGGUAUAGACAGAUAGAGAUUGAUGAAUACAAAGAGAAAUGCGGGUCUGAAGUCUCAAGAUCGGUCGACAUGUGUUGUUCGCCCUACUCUACCGGUACCGGAGGCCAACUCUUCUCUACCGGUAUCACUGCCGCCUAGCAAUAUCAUCAUCAACUAGCACAAACAAAUGCUUGCAUAGUUUUGCGGUGGCGGUGGCGGUGGCGGUUGUGCAACCAGGGAACAACUCUUGGAAUGAUAGACAAUCCGAGAUACAGAUACAUACGGCAACAAUAACAAUAAUUAUACGUAAGAGCAGUAGAGCACUAAUCAGUCGGAAACUCGGAGUUUGAUAUAUGAUAUCUGAAAAACAAUUGACCAAUAAAUUGGAAUCAUAAACGUGAAGAAUAAGAUGUUCUUUUGGCGUAAAAUAUUUUGCUUAUGCAUUGUAAUGAAAACUAAAAGCCCGGAUGUUGUUAAGAUGAUCAUCCACGUUCUUAUU